UACUAAGAUUGAUAAUAUUUAGUCAUUAAAAAAAUAAGUUCAAUAUAUACCUAGCUUAGUUAGUAAACUUUAACAAACUUUGAUUUUUAAAAUAGAUUUUUGUCAAGAAAACUUUACAGUUUUAUUUAAUUAACAUGACUGAAGAGUCUAAUCUAAAACCUUCAUACCCUCUUAAAGUAUUUUAUUGUGGUAAUUGCUCUCUACCACCAGAGUAUUGUGAUUUCUCAUCUGAUACUGAUCGAUGCCGCGAGUGGUUAGAAAAAUAUUUGCCUGAAGAGUUUAGUAGAUUGAUGUCAGGUAAUGGAACAGUUGGGGGUGAUGACUCAGAUGAGAAAAAGCGCCAAAAGCGUGGUGGUAAGGGCAUGGUUAAAACAAAGAAAAAAGAUGAUGGACCGAAACAAGUAUGUUUAUCAAGAGCACCAAGAGGAAAAAAGAAGUCUGUUACUGUUGUUACUGGUUUAAGUUCUUUUAAUAUAGACUUGAAAGUAGCAGCAAAAUUUUUUGGUACAAAAUUUGCUUGUGGGUCUAGUGUUACAGGUGAUGAUGAAAUUGUUAUACAAGGUGAUGUAAAAGAUGAUUUAUUUGAUAUUAUACCUGAAAAGUGGCCAGAAAUUGAUGAAGAUUACAUUGAAGAUCUUGGAGAUCUUAAACGAUGAUGUACUCCAAAAAUAAUUUUGAAGUAUAACAAUAAUAGUUUUUGGUUUAUAAAUUGAUGUUUUAUAUUUUAAUUUAAAUGUAUUUGAUACAAAUAAUAAAAUUAAAAAUAUAUGUUUA